AUGGCUGCCAUCUGCGGUCGAGUCGCUCUUUCACCUAACCAGGGAUUCAAUCUCGCUAAAUCAGGGGAUAAACAUUAUUUUCAUAAACAAUGCUCAAGCCGGAGCAUCUUGAUGACAGCAUCAAGCACCAGGCUUGGAAAAGGUGGUGGGUUGCUGGAAAAGCCAACCAUAGAGAAAACAACACCUAGUCGUGACUCUGAAUUUGACUUAAGGAAAUCGAGGAAAAUGUCGCCGCCUUACCGUGUGAUGCUGCACAAUGACAACUACAAUAAGAGGGAGUAUGUUGUGCAAGUUCUGAUGAAGGUUAUCCCAGGAAUGACAGUUGACAUUGCAGUGAACAUAAUGCAGGAGGCACAUCACAAUGGCCUGGCAGUCGUCAUUGUGUGUGCUCAAGUGGAUGCAGAAGACCACUGCAUGCAGCUCAGAGGCAAUGGCCUUCUAAGUUCCGUUGAGCCCGCUAGCGAUGGAUGUUGA